AGAGAGAGAGAGAGAGCGAGAGAGAGAAGGAGAAAAAAAAAAGAGAGGGGAAAAACCUUCCGUGUGGAAGAAAAAUGGCGAUCGGAGAAGAAUAGAAUAUCCUUGGAGAUUAUCCAGGAAUGUGCUUCUCCGAUUACAAGUUUCAUGUUGACCGCAUUUCCAGUUUCAGAUAACUUUUGUUGUCUUUCGAGGUUGAGGAGGUGGGAAGUGGGUAGAGAGGGGCAGAGCCCGUGCCUCUCGAGUACUGAUGUUUUCUGGUGGAGAGGAUAAUAACAAAUGGACUUGUGGAAAAGCUGGUGUGAUAAAUUUGCAGAAAGUUGGAUCUCUGGUUCGGGAUAUGAGCGAGCCUUGUCUUUCACAAACGCGGAUAAAGGUUGUUAUAACUGUCGGAAAGAUGCUUAAACCGGAAAAGUGGCAGGCGACUUUUGAUAGCGAUGGAAAGGUUUCUGGUUUCCAGAAAGUGCUCAAGUUAAUUAUUUUAGGGGGAAUUGAUCCGUCUAUUCGUGCUGAAGUGUGGGAAUUUCUUCUUGGCUGUUAUGCAUUGAGCAGCACUUCGGAGUAUCGUAGGCAACUCAGGGUAGCUCGCAGGGAACGCUACAAUGAACUGCUCAAGCAAUGCCAGGUGAUGCAUUCGAGUGUAGGAACUGGUUCGCUCGCCUACGUAGUGGGUUCUAAAGUUAUGGAUAUGCGGAAAUCAUAUAGAAAUGAGGUGGCAAAAGAUGCUACAGCUGAAAGCAGAGAAACUUGUGUUGAUGGUGAUGAUAAUACUGAGAAUCAUGGUGACUGCAAUAACAAUUGUGCUGAUACAUCUCAUGCUCACAGAAGGGGAAGUUCUAGUGAGUCAGUUGACCUUGUAAGUGGAAGAGAAAGUCCUGAUAGCCCAGCAUAUGACGCUUCCUCUUUUGUGCCUGCUUCUAGUCCCGGUGGCUUUGCAUCCUCCGAUCCAUAUGUCGCUGACGGAUUUUUUGAUUUCCCCCCUUUACCGGUCAUAGAUUUGUUUGGGAGGAGUAGUUUAGAUGAGAAAGGGUUUGCUAUUCCUGAUGGAGAAGCUUCACAGCAAAGCAAAACAGGAUUUGAGGAUGGGGGUAUGCACAGUUUUCUAAUUGAUAACAAUAUCGAUUUAGUUAUAGAACCACAGGAAUCCACUUCCAAAAAUGUGACUACUUCCAUUAGUUCGGAAAUUGAAGUGGUGCAUCCAGACUCUGUUGAACCAUCAUCACAUUCUGGUUAUGCAGCAGAAAUAGUUGAUAGUUUGACAAUGUCAGACGUCCCUGAAGUUCCUUCGGCAAAGGGAUCACCAUCCAGUGUUGGACCAUCAUCGCGUUCCGGUUGCACUGCAGAAAUAGUUGAUGGUUUGAGAAUAUCAGAUGCCCCUGAUGUUCCAUCGGCAAAGGGACCCCUUUCUGGUGGUGGACCUGUGGCAGGAGAUCGAGUGUCUGAAUGGCUUUGGACAUUGCACCAAAUAGUUGUUGAUGUGGUAAGAACGGAUAGUCAUCUUGAGUUCUAUGAGGAUCCAAGAAAUCUCGGAAGAAUGUCAGAUAUCCUUGCUGUUUAUGCAUGGGUUGAUCCUGCGACGGGCUAUUGCCAAGGCAUGAGUGAUUUAGUGUCUCCUUUUGUGGUUCUUUUUGAGGAUAAUGCCGAUGCUUUUUGGUGCUUCGAAAUGCUCAUAAGAAGAACGCGUGCAAACUUCCAGAUGGAGGGACCAACUGGAGUGAUGAAACAGUUGCGAUCGCUAUGGCAGAUACUGCAACUCACAGAUAAAGAAAUUUUUUCUCACCUAUCACGUAUUGGUGCUGAAAGCCUUCAUUUUGCCUUCAGGAUGCUAUUAGUACUUUUCCGGCGAGAGUUGCCUUUUAACGAGGCUCUCAGGAUGUGGGAGAUGAUGUGGGCUGCUGAUUUUGAUGAGUCUAUCGCUGGAACUUUGGAGAAUGACUGCUUAGAGCCGUUGGUAGUUCAGCUUCCUAGACAACCUGGAGAGGAAGUUGUGGACGAAAACAUAGAUGAUCGAAAUUGUAAUAGCACAAAGACUGAACCAACUCCAAAGAGCGGGCCAAAUUCAAAGAGCGGCCCAUUGUUAAAGAGCAGUCUGCUAUCAAAGAGCGGUCUGCUACCGAAAAGUGGUCCAUUGCCAAAGACAAGUGCAGUGUCUGAUGAUGCUGUUAUGAAGUCAGCAUCUGCAUAUAAUUUCUGUGGCUUGACAAGGAGCUUGUGGUCAAGGAACGAGAGAACGAAUGUCGCUUCUGUAGUGUCAUCGUUCAGAAAGGGGGAUGAUGAGCUUCCUGUCUUUUGUGUGGCCGCAAUUUUAAUCAUGAAUCGGCAUAAAAUCAUGAAAGAAACCCGCUCAAUUGAUGACAUGAUAAAGAUUUUCAAUGAUAAGCUGCUGGUAAUUCGUGUGAGGAGAUGCAUACGCACUGCCAUCAAACUUCGUAAGAAAUACAUGUACAAGAAUCAGCUAACCAAGACCAAGAGCCAGAAUCAGUCUCAGAAUCCCAAUCAGGACCAAAUUCAGAACGAAACCGAGAUAGAGAAUCAAAUCCAGGAGGAGAUUCAGGGCCUUGAUGAGAACCAGAGCGGAAGACCGAGUGUACAGCAUAGCCCCUGCCACUCAGAAUGGUGACUGAACUAGAGCUCACCUUCGACCAUCGGGUGCAUUAGCUGCUUAAGAUAUCAAAAAAGAAAAAAGUUCAAAUAACUAGGGCAUCUUUCCAAGAAGGGGUUUGCUAUUAGAAGAUCCAUGCUUUGAUCUGUGCACACAUCAUGUUUGACGACCUUCUGAGGCACCAGGAGCAAGAGUUUUGAGGAGGCUGUGAAGUGAAGUUCACAAUCAUUCAUUCAUCUGGGGACUCGCUUGCAGCCAGAGGUUAGGCAAAAUGAAAAUCGUCGGUCUCCACUCCCUCUAGUGCGAGAGUUUAUUUGUUUAUUUAUUUUUAUUGUUCAUGUGAAUAUCAGAGAGUUUUCAUCUAGAAACACACACACGCAUACAGGAAAGAAGUGCGGUAGUCGUUGAAGCCCUUUGGCCCAACCGUUACUUGUAAUAAAACCGAGAGAGCAUGGUACACAGAGAUUUAUUUGUGAAACAAAUUCAUAGUCUCUGUUUUUUUUCUUCUUC